AUGGAAGACUCCACUAAAUACCAACAGAUGCAGGAUGAAAUGUCCAGGUUUGAGGCGGAGAUCUCAGGCAGUGAUGCUGGAGUCGGGGUUGUUUCGCGUGCCGUGAUUGGUGCGGCAACAUUUGGUGCAGUGCAGCAACAGUUGGAGCGAGCUAAUGCUCCUCUGAUUCCUCCAUUCGACAUGACCAUGAUGUACCCUACAGUACCACCUCCACCUCCACCACCUUCUAUCAUGGUGCCCUCACAGGUACGAAUGCGUCCAACCACGAGUAGCGAUGUGUUUCCCGUCGCUCCAGCUCUAACGUUCUUGCGGCCGGGGCUGCCAGGACCUCAGCUAAUUCCACCGCCGCCACCGAAGCCGCAACCUGUGGUACUCUCUGCAGCUCCCAAACUCUACAAGCAACCUAAAGAAGAUGAUGAAAAGAAAGAAAAAGAAAGUCGAAAGAGGAAGCGCACCCCGCCCCCUCCGCCGCCCCGUCCAGAGCCGGUGAUAGAGCCACUACCAGUAGCACCCCCACCACCAACCAUCAGCAUUCCAGACACAAUUGCUAAACCCAAGAAAGAAAAGAAGAAUAGAAAGGUUGUCAGAACUGCCGGAGGUCAAGUUUGGGAAGAUGUGACGCUGUUAGACUGGCCUGAUGAUGAUUUCCGCAUGUUCUGCGGCGAUCUUGGGAAUGAUGUCACAGAUGAACUACUAACGAGAACCUUCAGUAAAUACAGUUCGUUCCAGAGAGCUAAAGUGAUUAGAGAUAAAAGGACGAAUAAAAGCAAAGGUUUCGGGUUUGUCAGCUUUAAGGAUCCUGGUGAUUUUAUCAAGGCUAUGAAGGAAAUGGAUGGGCGUUAUGUUGGCAGCAGACCGAUCAAGCUAAGGAAAAGCACAUGGCGAGCUCGCAGCUUAGACGUUGUAAGGAAGAAGGAGAAAGAAAAGGCAGCUCUCCUCUCUCUCCUCAUGUCAGGCAACAAGAGCUGA